CCAUUUGAUAGCUUAAGAUGGCUUCAACAGUAUCUCGUGCUGGGCCACAAGGAGGGCAACCUCAACUAUCCGAGCAAGGUAUGUAUAUUUGAGCAAUGGUCAAAGCAAAGCUCCACUAAGAACUGACGCAUAUACUUGCCUUGUCUGUCCUUCUUCCCUUUUCUUAGCCGCUCAAAAGUAUCAAAUAACGCGCAGUGAAAUGCAAGGAAUUGCAACAAAGAUCGGAGAGCUUGAAAGUGAUGCAGAAGAACAUCGUGCUGUGAUUGAAACUUUGCGGGAAACAUUGAAGAAAUCGCCUGAACGUACUUGUUUUCGUAUGAUCGGAGGCAUUCUAGUGGAAAGAACAGUCAAAGACGUUUUACCUGCAUUAGAGACAAAUAUGAAAGGGCUACAAGCAGUCAUCGAAAGCCUGGCGAGACAGUAUAAAGCUAAAGACGACGAGAUGCAAAAGCUACACAGAGAAGUCGAAUCUCAGUAAGGGUAAAGCUUAACUCGCAUCCUUGUAAUAUUAUAUGAGACCUUGUAUAGAUACAUUAUGACCAAGAAGGAG